CAGUCCGUUUCUGUGUAAUCUUUCGAGACCGUGUGUCUUCGGGAUCGGUCGCGAUCGAUAAAACGGUACCAAUCGACGAUACGGUCCCGUACAAACAAGGACGUGUUACCCCAUGGCGACCCGGCAUUGCGCUUUAAACAAAAAACAUCGGGGACAAGUGACACAAUAGCACGACAAGUGCCACAAUAGCCUCGCUGCCCGUGAGACCAUCACUAAAGAAACACUGAUAAUAUUUAGAUUUUUUUUUAAACUUAUCAAUAAUAAAGAAACACUGUUCUUCACUUACUGUACUUCUGAGCAUCACACAACACAUACGGUACCGUACGGUAUAUCACUCCCGGGGUCUAGACGGCCACAAUCUCCGUUGGGAUCACCGCGACCAGUGCGUACCGGUACCGUGCCGUGCGUACGGGACCAUGCGACAACAAUCGUACGGACCAACAAGUAGUGCGACAUCCGUGAUGGGCGUCGGGCUCUGACAGCAUGCUCCGACCUUGCUAGACGAAUACCGUACGGUACGGCAGGAGACCUUUCGCAAAGGAGACCACAACUUGUACCGUACCGUGCCGUCCGUACGGGACCGUGCGACAUCGCACGGAGUAGAAGUACGAGUACGAGUAGUACGAGUACGUCAGUGAUCGGUGUCGGCUCCGACCGCCCGUUCCGACCGACCGAACAGAACAUGCUAGACUAGUACGGCAGGCGGCCUUUCGCAAAGGACUAGUCCGGCAGGAUAGUGCGUUGCGUUGCGUUGCGGCCCGGCGCCUGCUUCGGGAAAGACUCCAUGCCAAGGAUUGGGCUGUUCGACCAACUUCUUCGCGGCCCGGGAUUCCGUAGCGCGGCAGGGAGCACAAGCACAAGCAGACCGGUGGCGCAGGGCAGGGCAGGGCAUGGAGUGCGCAGCGCUUGCUUGUGGGUCGACCGCCGGUGCCGUCCUUGCUCGCACUCGAACGGGCCACCGGCUUCUUUCCCGGCCCGUGGUCCCCGGCCCAGAGGGUGGUAGUUCCGAGCGGAGGAGCACAAGGAUACUCGUACCGUACUACAGCAAUCAACGAAGUACGGGGGAGUACGUAGCGUUUGUGGGCCGCCGAUUUCGUCCUUGCCCGUUCCGAUGACCCAAUGUUUGUGUCGUCGACGGCGAAGAGGAAUCGGGAGAUCAUACCAGUAGAAAGCCUCUCGGUCUUUCUUGGCGCGUUCUGUCCACGAUAUCUACUAGAAACACUACCGUAGUAGCGGCUAGUGGCUUCUGGUAGGGGUGCAAUGAUUGGCACGGCUUGGCAUGAAGUAGUACGAGUACUGUACUAUACGAACAGCUUCAGUCGCAGUUCUUAUCUGAUAGUUACUACUGUAAAGUAGUAGCACUCAGGAACCCGCAACGCAACCGUAUUUGAACACUGUUUCGUUGGCAACGACGUUCUUCAAUGCCAUUCCGUCACGCCUGAAUGAAAGUAGCUAUAACGCCCCCAAACUGGUGUUGUACCCUGUAUGUACGAUAGACUAGUACUACGUACCCGUGACAGGGACGAGAAGAAAUUAUUCAAGUGUAUAAGAUUAAUAGUGUAUUAAUGCAGUGGAAUUCAACAGUACCAACAGUCCCCCGGCAUGCUUUUCAGUCUUGCAACGCCGAAGCACUCUUUUGGAUCGUAUCGUUGCACUGUUGCAAAAGAAAUGAGACUGCUGAAGCGUUGCGAUGAUCAGAUACCUUUGCCUUCUUUCCAUCCCUUACUGCUAGUAGUAUUACUGGCGACAAAGCAUCGUGCUAGGUUCUUGCCUUGAAGAAGCUGGUUGGUUGGUAUCGGGUUCGUAGAACAAACCGCGUAGCCUUUUUCCUAUCGUGCCAAGUUUCGCGCCAAAAUGGACAUUGCCAAACAAUUACGAUCCUUGAUCGUAUCGUACGUACGAGUACGGGACGAGUACGUACGUGCCGCGCGUUCGAUAUUGUUGGGCUACGUAGGAUCUGAACAAGAACGAACCCUGCUUCGGUCCCUUCGCCGCUCGUUCCAGAAUCAGUCCCUCGUGCUUCGUGUAACGGUACCUACGAGUAAAGUACCGGACAAGUACAGGUACUCGUAGGCACAGACAGGUUCAGAAAUCGGUCCUUUCUUUCAAAAACUAGUUCUGUACUACAGACUAGUGGCACCGUAGGAUUCGUACCGGUACGAACGCGAGGAAUCGAAAUCAUCGCCGUCGUUUCCGAUUCAAAAACUCGGAAGCAUGUUUUGUGCACAUACCAUCCGGUUUGUUUGUACAGUACAUCAACAACCACAGCCAGAGACACCGUUGCUGCUGUUGUUGUUGUUGUUGUUGUUGUUGCUCGCCAUGGGCCAUCCCAGACCAGCAGGCCAUGGUUCGAUGCAUCAGAUCGUGUUCCGUUUGCGGCCUCCGCUUCGUCUCGCACGGGGGAACCGGGCCCGGGCGGACGCACAGCUGCCCCGGAUGCCGUUCGACAAGGCCGUCCCCGACGGGGGACGGGACGGGUGCGGUGUCGGCGGCUCCCGGGGCUGCUUCCGGAAGAUCCUCCGCUGGCGGGGACAGUGGGGUGGCCGCGGAAGCCCUCGGGGCUGCCGCUAGCGGCGGGGAAUCAUUGCCCGGGAGCAGCAGCCACAAACACAACAGCAACAAAGUGGUAGGCUGCGAACCAAGCAGGAGUUCCGACCCCGAUCGCGAGCUUUGCAGCAACACCGGCUCCGUUUGCACCACGGUCGCAGAGGGCCUUCCUUCCGAGCCACCUCUGGCCGCGGUUCCGAUGGCCUCCCCACGGCCAACGAAGCCAUCGGGCGGCGAGGACAGGCAGGAGCAACAACAAAAACAACAACAACAACCGCAGCAGAAACCACCACCACCACCGCCGCCGAACGGCGACGUCUGCUUCAUCUGCGGGAUCUCCCUCGCGCACCUCAAGCGGAGGAUCGACCACAUCAAGCGCUGCUCGAAAAAACACGGCAUCACCGGCAGGGACGUAGUGGUGCCGCUUCCGCCCCCGGGCGGGGCCGGCCCUCGGGAAGGCGAGCGGGACGGGGGAACCCCAGGGGCACCGCCCCAAGAGCCACCUUCGGCCACCUUUGGAGGGCCAGGCACCACCGACGGCGGCGACGCCCAGUGGCACGGCGGCGCGGGUACCCUGGUCGACCUGGCGGCGGGAAAGCCCCCGGCCCCCGGCGCGGAGCUGCUGAAGGCCGCCGCCGGGAACCACGGCGGAACCCGGCCCCCGGUCCCCCUCGCCAACCGCAACCUGAACAACGUCCUGAUGGCCGGGUCCCGGAGGCUCGGCGUUGCCGCGGGUGUGCACCGCCACAAGCACGGGGCCGCGCCCGCGGAACCGGACCGGAGCCGCAAGAGGGGGAGACCGGGAAGCGCCGGUGCCCACCGGGCCGGCUGGAACUGCCCGCUCUACAAAAAAAUCACCGGGACGGACUUUGUCGUCGAUGGCUUUCACUACGCCAAGCGGUAAGUGCGAGCGUGUGCGUGUGCGUGUGUGCGUUCGUGGGCGAGCCGACCGGAGGAACGAGCGGCCGGCAACGCUUGGAUCUCGAUUUUGCCGCUUUGUCGAAUCGAGUCCAUUUUCUCAUCCCUUGUUGCCCCUGGCUCCUUGUGCACUUCCUUUCUGCCUGCCUGCUGCGCUAGAACCCUGACGAAGAACUAUUUUCUUUCCCACUUCCACUCCGAUCACUACGGGGGCAUUGCUUCCUCGUGGGACGCCGGGACGAUCUACUGUUCCCUGCCGACCGCCUCCCUGGUCCACCAGCAGCUCGGUGUGGACAAGAAACACCUGCACCCGCUGCCCAUGAACACCCCCACCGUCAUUGAGAGCAGGGGAAGGGCCGUUACGGUCACCCUGCUCGAUGCCAAUCACUGCCCGGGGUGAGUGCGGACGAAUCCAUGAAAUGGAUGGAUGCGGCACGACCUUGUGGGAUGGCUGGCGCUGUCUCGGUGGGCUUGUUUCCUCCUUGCUGGCGCACUGGCUGUUUUGUUGUUGUCCUACUCACGAAAACACGUUUUGGUUGUCUCUCGUUUCCUUUGGAUUCGAUUCGAUUCAAUUCGAUUCGUUGCUUGUCGAAUAUUUCCUUUUCCAUUUGGGACCACCAGCGCCGUGAUGUUCUUUUUCGAGGUCGGACGCCGCACCAUACUCCACGUCGGCGAUUUUCGGUGGUCGAGGGACGCAAUGCUCGGGGAUCCGUCGUCUCCGCUUGGCAGUAUUGCGUCCCAGAAGCGAGCCCUCGACGAGCUCUACCUCGAUACAACCUAUUGCGACGAAAAAUACCACCUGCCGGAGCAAUCCGUUGCCAUCAAGGCCACCAUCGAGGCGUUCGAAACCGAAACGGCAAAGAAGGGCAGGACCCUUCACCUGUUCGGGGCGUACACGAUCGGAAAAGAGAAAAUCUGGGCGUCCGUGGCCCUGCGAUUCGGACGAAGGGUCUGCGUGGACAGGAGCCGGCACAGGGUUCUCUCGGCCCUGGAUCUUCCGGAGGAAAUCACCAGCCUCCUGACCACCAACAAGGAAGAGUCCAACCUGUGGGUGGUCCCCAUGGGCCACCUGAACAUGAAGAAACUCCCCGACUAUCUCGGCGCCGCCAAUUCCAAGCCCUUUUCGCCCCACUACGACCGCAUCGUGGGGUACCGGCCCACCGGCUGGUCACUCUCGUCCAAGCCGGGGGGAAGCGUCCUCACCAGCCGCACCAGCAAGGACCGCCGCCUCACGAUCCACAGCGUCCCGUACAGCGAACACUCUUCCUUUCCCGAGCUGGUGGACUGUCUGGCCUGCCUCCGACCGGAGAAAAUCGUUCCGACGGUGAAGGCCUCCGCAAGCGGCGAGCAGGUGAAGCUGCUGAUGGGGGGCCUGCGCCAGAGGCAGCGCACCUCGAAACUCUUUUUCGGGAAAGCAGUCUAGAACGAACGAAAUGGUCCACCAUUUGAAACGGGGAUCUCUAAGAUAUUGCUAUAAUUGGUACUGGUUAGUCGGUUUAUCGGUUGGUUUGAUCGUAGGUUCUUGGCUACUGCAGUUACUAAGUAGCGUGUGUCAUUUCGGUCACACAUGCAGGCCUGCUCGUUUGUUGCACCACGAUAAUCCAUGCGUCUUCAAGUCCUUGGGGAUGCAACCCCGUUCACUUCCGUCAUAGGCAAAGACCGAAACGCAUCGGGUAGGUGGCAGUCGACGCCGAACAGCGUGCUGCUAGUUGAUUUCUCGUGGGAUGCUUCAAGCCGUUCGAGGGCAAUCGUAGGGAACCGAUCGAGCAUUCCCGACACGACAGGGAUACCGACACACGACAAGACAGUGGAUCGGGACAGCUCGAUGAUUCCGUUUACUUUCCCCCCCACCAGCCAGUCGCUCGUUCCGCAAUCGAUGGAAUACACAAACCGGACGCCCUCCAUGUCGUAGCUGCCGCCGGGGUCGGCAACAAAUUUCAUUUCCACCGGUUCGCCGACCAGGCCGUGACUUUUCUCUAGCUCAAGAGCGAACGGAAUAUCCGCUGCGUUCGAGGAAUCCUCUUGGGAUAGACUAGAAUAAAACUCGUCCAGAUCCAGGGGAAGGGCGAGUGAAUACUCUUUUUCCGUGUCGGCGUAAAGCUUCAGGUGCAGCUUGGAUGAUUUUUGGGGCUCCAUAGAAAGUCCCUUUUCAACGGUGCAUUCAAAGGCAAACGAAAGCCGAUCACCGUCCGAAACGGUUUGUUCGAGAACAUUUUCGUUCAGAUCGGUGCCGGUUGCUUCUGCGAUCGGAGAGGCCAUCUCGAGGCCCCACUCUUUUACUGUUGAGAGAUACGGCGUGUUUGAAGUGACUGUGAUACUCAACAAAAAUCUAUCUUUAGCGUGAAGCCAAUAUGUUUCGAUGGAUUCGACGGAUAGAGCCGUUUUGUCUUGCACGGGUGCAAAUGACUCUAAGGUUGUUUUCGUACUUUCCUGGUUCGACUCAUCACUUUCUUUGGUAUGGGAGUGCAAAUAGCUAGUCUCUGCUUUGGCAACCAAGCCAUGGUUUGAGUUCAUGGAAUCGACUUGCGACAUGAAGCCAGUGCCGCAUCUGACGUGAGUUGUCAUCGUCAGCCUCUCCCCUGGUUGGCACGGUUUGAGAUCGAUUUCCCAAUCUUGCCUCCAUUCGCUAGUAGAAGGAUCUUCUCCAGGUGGAAUGAGCAAAAUGCCAUCAGUGCCAGAAACAAAAAGUUUUGCAGAGUUGACAAAAUCAGUUCCGGCGUCGAAAGCCACCUGUAUCUCUUGGUCCUGUCCCGGCACCAACGUGCUAGGCUCGAUUGAAAUCGAAUGAGUAGGUUUACUUGGUAACACAUCUACGCUUAGCAUUGGCUCUUGCAAGUCCAUGCUAUCAUAGUAGAAGUACCCUUGCUUCCAAACUAGUUCAAUCGUAGACAGAAUAUAAUGGCCAGCACUAGUGGGGGACCAUUCAAACGAGAAUUUGUUUUCUCCAGGAUUGAGUUCUAUCGGUACAUCAAUCGACAGAACCUUCGCGGCAUCCUCCUCUUGCACAGCAUCGCCGUUUGUAAUUAUGGCAGUAAAGUCAUCGACAGUUAGAGUGAACAAUUUCACCGAAGUUAAUUGGAUCGAUCCAGGUAGAUGACUCCUGAUUGUAAUUGGAAUUAGUAUUUUUUCUCCAACAGAACAGGAUCUUUUUUCUACUCGUUUUUGGUCUAACAUCUUCCCCAUUUUUGAACUCUCAGAUGGUGUUGAAAUCGACAAAGAUGUUUCAAUGAACAAUAGUCUGCUAUACCUCGCAUUCCCUAUACUCGGGUGUUCGAUAACUCUCAGAAGAUCGUCGAACAGAGCUAUGAGGGCUUUCUUUGGGGCAACAGAUUUACUCCGCGGACUAAAGCAGGAGCACAACGUCUUCAAAUAAGCUGUAGCUUCCACAGUUGUUCGCUGGCAAUAAGCAAGGCGGAAUAUUCGCCAAAAAUGAGCACGAUCCCAAUGAUCUAUCCUAUACACUUUGACAAUCUUCUGAAAGCUUGCUGAAGCCGAGUGGAAAUCACCCUUCCUAACGUAAUACUCUCCAAUUUCGGAUUGAAUCCUUGCCGAAAGCCUGAAGUGCUUAGCGAUGUGGCUUGUAUCGAUAAUUGCACGACACAGCUUGAGAUAAGUUUCUCCAAAAUCAUCCAAGGAAUUCAUUUGAUCAUUGGAUGGCAAUAGAAAUUGUCGCUCCAGUGUUCCCGUCCCAAAAAAAGGGUUUUGUUCUAAUCCUAGCGCCGGCUGCUUCGCCUCCCUUUCAGCUUCGUCUUCGCAUGGCACCCAUGGAGGCCAAGGCUGACCUAAAUCCUUCGGUAAAUGUUUUGGGCGCACGGAAAACUCUUCGGAGUUUCCAAAGUGAUCAUCUCCAAGUUCUAUGAGAAAUAAUCUAGACACUUCUAGUAUUUCACUCAACUUCGCAGCGACUUUCUCGUCACGUUCCUUCUCAGCCCUGUUGUCAGUGAGAGUAUUUCUUCUCUCUGAUGAUUUCUGCGGUUGGCAAUUCAGAAAUUGACUCGUUGCACUGUAAAUAUCCCAAGAAAAUUGAACCACCCAUGAUGCAGCCCUCGACAUUCGUUCAUGGUGUUCUUUCUCAUCCAAUUCCGAUACC